AUUCUACCAAAGUUAAUAGUUUUUAUCCUUGUAAUUUUUAUAAAUGGCAAACGUUACUGUCCCUUGCCAGUAUAAAACUGGUAGAACACUGGGUCAAGGCACUUAUGCUGUGAUUAAGACGGGGGAAUUUUUUGCCGUCAAAAUCAUCAACAAAAAGUUGAUGGAAGGUAGAGAGCAUAUGGUUAGAAACGAAAUAAAUGUUUUAAAGCGAGUUUCACAGGGCCACAAAAACAUCUUAACAUUGGUUGAUUAUUUCGAGACACUAAAUAAUCUUUACUUAGUUACAGAUUGGGCUCGUGGCGGUGAACUUUUUGAUCGUAUUUUAGCUAAAGGAAGUUAUUUUGAACGUGACGCAGCUAAUCUUGUUAGGAGUAUAACGGAGGCUGUCGCAUACCUGCAUGAUAAUGGAAUCGUUCAUAGAGAAAAUCUUCUUUUUAAAACCGAAGACGAAGAAUCUGAUCUCCUUAUUGCUGAUUUUGGGCUUUCUCGGAUCAUUGAUUCAGAAAAAUUUCAUGCUCUUACCACCACGUGUGGUACACCUGGUUACAUGGCACCCGAGAUUUUCAAUAAAACCGGUCAUGGUAAACCAGUAGAUUUAUGGGCUAUUGGUGUAAUCACAUAUUUUUUAUUAUGCGGUUACACGCCAUUUGAUCGGGAAAGCGCCAAAGAGGAAAUGCUGGCUAUUACCAAUGCUGACUAUAAAUUUGAUCAAGAAUACUGGGAAGGAAUCAGUGAUACUGCAAAAGAUUUUAUCAACAGACUAUUAACUGUCCAUCCUUACAGUCGUCUUACCGCCCAUCAAGCUUUAACUCAUCCAUGGCUUACCGAACCUUUACCUAGCCCAGUUGGUGGGGAACGGCCAAAUAUAUUGAACAAUGUUCGAGAUAACUUCAAUGCUCGUAAAACAUUCAGGAAGGCUGUUGAUGCAGUUAAAGCUAUUAAUACUCUCAGGAGUCAUUCAAGAAGUCCAAGUCUUGCCAACUUAUUAGAAGCAUCAAGAUCUGAGGCAGAUGAAGAUGUUCAGCAAGUUUUGUAUGUUGAGCAUUAAGGAUAUUGUGUAUAUUGAUAUAUGGAUUGUUUAAAUUGAAUUUUUUUGGGUGUAUUUAUUAGCUUGACAAUUUUUUUGGGUUGUAUUUAUUUUCACUUUUUGGUUCAUUCAUUGUUUAUUUGGUAAUUGUUAUUCAAUAUUCGAUUUGUAGAAAGAUCAUUGUGUAAUAUUGAAAAUCUGUAUGUAAACAAUAAUCUUUUAUUUAUUUAUUUAUACAUUAUUUUGUUCCUCCUCUGUUUUAUAAAUCGAAAAGAAUGAAGCAUAUUUUUCUUUUGAACACA